AUGAUGGUGGAAUCGGCCUCUGAGACCAUUCGAACGACACCGUCCGGCCAGAACGGCGUCAGCAGCCUCAGCAGCCAAUCGGAUGGAGGAGGAGGAGGGAGAGAGGGCGGAUCCAACGGAGACACAAAUGGAGAGAUCAGCCCCGUCGAUCUUCUGCACCUGCAACAGCAACAGGCUCUUCAGGCAGCCAGACAGUUCCUCCUCCAGCAGGCCUCUGGACUCAACUCCCCCGGCAGCAACGAGGUCAAACAGAGCCCCGUGCAGGUCCCUGUAUCCAUGGCUAUGAUGAGCCCUCAGAUGAUCACGCCGCAGCAGAUGCAACAGAUCCUGUCACCCCCUCAGCUUCAAGCCCUGCUGCAGCAACAGCAGGCUCUCAUGCUUCAGCAGCUCCAGGAGUACUACAAGAAACAGCAGGAGCAGUUGCAUCUGCAGCUUCUGACUCAGCAACAACAGCAGCAACAACAACAACAGCAACAGCAGCAGCAACAGCAACAGGCCGGAAAGCAAGCAGCAAAAGAGCAGCUCGGCAGCAAGCAGCUGGCCUUCCAACAGCAACUGAUCCAGAUGCAGCAACUUCAACAGCAGCACAUCCUCAACCUCCAGAGACAAGGCCUAGUUCCACUGCAGCCCACUGCUGCCAUGCAGUCCCUGCAGCAAGCGAUGUGUCCGUCAGACCUCCAGCAACUGUGGAAGGAGGUUUCGGGGGUGCCCGGCACCGACGAGGCCUUGAAACAAGCCGAAGGCCUGGACUUGAGUACCAACAGCUCUAAUUCUACCUCAGCCUUCCCCAAAGCGGCCAGCGCCCACAUGCCACUGCACAGCCUGCCCAAUGGACAGAACCACACCCCAAAGAGAGACAGCGAUCUCUUUCCUCGCAGUCACGAAGAACAUGCCGGCUCCCAUCCUCUCUACGGCCACGGAGAGUGCAAGUGGCCCGGCUGUGAAGCGCUGUGUGAGGACAUGGGACAGUUCAUCAAGCACUUGAACAACGAGCACGCCCUCGACGACCGCAGCACUGCUCAGUGCCGAGUCCAGAUGCAGGUGGUUCAGCAACUGGAGAUACAGCUGGCGAAAGAGAGCGAGCGACUUCAAGCCAUGAUGACCCACCUGCACAUGCGACCCUCAGAGCCAAAGCCUUUUAAUCAACCUUUGAACCUGGCUUCCAGUGGCUCUCUUUUAAAGCGGGACAGCGACGUCUACCCAGAGGGUCUUCCUCACCCCCCCACCUCAGCCGCGACCCCCAUCACUCCACUGCGCCAGGGACCGUCGGUUAUCAGUUCCUCCAGCCUUCACACACACUCCCACGCGCACGGCGUCGGGCCCAUACGUCGGCGCAACUCCGACAAAUACUGCACCCCCAUUGCCUCAGAGCUGGCUCAGAACUGUGAGUUCUACAAGAACGCCGAUGUCAGGCCUCCCUUUACCUACGCCUCUCUUAUACGUCAUGCCAUUCUGGAGUCCCCUGACAGACAGUUGACUCUGAACGAGAUCUACAACUGGUUUACACGAAAGUUUGCCUACUUUAGGAGAAACACGGCCACGUGGAAGAAUGCUGUGCGCCACAACCUGAGUCUGCACAAGUGUUUUGUCCGUGUUGAGAACGUGAAAGGCGCAGUAUGGACUGUGGAUGAAGUUGAAUACCAAAAGAGGAGACCACCAAAGAUGACCGGGAGUCCCACUCUGGUGAAAAACAUGAUUUCAGGCCUGGGCUUUGGAUCCCUAAACGCCAGCUACCAGGCGGCCCUGGCGGAGAGCAGUCUGUCCCUGCUUAACAGCCCACCCUUGGUGACCCCUCCAUCUGCAGCCAGCCUCAACAUGCUGCACGUGGGCCACGAUGAUGUCAGCUCCACGGUGGAGCAGGUCAACAGCAACGGCAGCUGCAGUCCCACUCUCAGCCCUCAGCAGUACAGCCACGCGGUUCACGUGAAGGAGGAGCCCACAGAGAUCGAGGAGGAUUGCCGGCCCGUCUCUCUGCUGGCCGGGAUCGCGCACAACCUGCCGUUGCCGAGCGACGACCGCGACCUGGAGGACGACCUCCCUGCCGACGAUCUGGAGUGA